UUCAUUGGCUCACAAGGAGCGGGUUCACUACCCUUAUUAUUAGAAAAAAGAAAAGAGUUUUCAAGCUCAGUGCAUUGAGAAGCCAAAUCAGAUGUCUGGAUCUCAGCUGUAACAGAGGAGAGUCCAGUCUGAGAUUGAUUAGGUGAUUGGACAAACACCACAACCAUCCUUGGAGGACAGGAUGCACAUGCUGUACACCUACGCUGUGAUCCAUGAGAUUCAGAGGUUUGCAAACAUUGUUCCCUUUAUGCCUCGAAGAGUGGCCAACAUGGACACCACAGUGGCAGGAUGUCCCAUUGCAAAGUCUCUUUUGUAGCAGCAAGAAUGGCAUCAGCAUUGCAAGCGUUAUCACAUCUGAUGGACCAGUGGAUGGAUGUACAAGGAAUCCUGGUAUUUCUAUGCGUGCUGCUCUUGGUGAAACACCUUAGGGAUGUUUGUUCAAGAAGCAUGCCCCCUGGCCCUUUCCCUCUACCUUUAAUUGGAAAUGUUAUGAAAAUUGGCUUUAAUGAUCCAAUGGAGUUAUUUCCAAAGAUUGCUGAGCAGUAUGGAGAUGUGUGCACGCUGUUCCUAGGAGAAAAACCCUGUAUACUGCUCACUGGAUAUGAGACUUUCAAAGAGGCAUUUGUGGAACAGGCGGACAUCUUUACAGACAGACCGUACUUCCAUGUAAAUGACAGGAUCUGUAAAGGGAAAGGUUUGAUCUUCUCCGGUGGGCACAUGUGGCGUCAACAGAGGCGUUUUGCUCUGUCAACACUGAAGUAUUUUGGUGUGGGCAAGAAAACUCUAGAAAACUCCAUCCUGCAAGAAUGUAACAUUGUCUGUGAUUCUCUGCAGACUAAACAAGGUUUGCCUUUCAACCCUCAUCAUAUACUGGCCUAUGCAGUGGGUAAUGUAAUAUGCAGUCUGGUUUUUGGCUACAAGUUUGAUUACAACAACCAUCAUUUUCAUCAGCUGCUGCAGUAUUCAGAUGACAUCUUCAAGCUCCCUGUCAAUAAUUGGGGUCGGCUGUAUAACGAGUUUCCCACUCUGAUGUCCUUGCUGCCAGGAAAACACCAGACUGCAUUUGCCAACCUCUCUAAGCUGAAGCUCUUUUUUCAGGAGGAAAUCAGGAAACACAAGGAGGACAGAAACCCGUCCAAUCCCAGAGACUACAUUGACUGCUAUCUGGAGGAAAUCGAGAAGAGUAAGGAUAGUGCAGCCGAGUUCACAGAGGAAAACCUCAUUCACUGUGUAUUGGAUCUGUUCGGAGCAGGCACAGAAAGCACUGCUAAAACUCUCAGCUGGGCGAUACUCUACAUGGCCAAAUAUCCAGAAGUGCAAAAGAACGUCCAAUCUGAAAUUGAUCAGGUGAUAGGACAGACACGGCAGCCCUUGAUGGAAGACCGAACGAACCUGUCGUACACCUAUGCUGUGAUCCACGAGAUUCAGAGGUUUGCGAAUGUUCUUGCCUUUAUUCCACCCAGAAUAGCCAGCAAAGACACCACAGUGGCAGGAUGUCCCAUUCCAAAGGGUGUUAUGGUGCUACCAAUGCUCAAGCCAAUCUUAGAAGACAAGAAAGAGUACAGCACUCCAUAUGAAUUCAAUCCUGCACACUUUCUGGAUGAAAAUGGCAAAUUUUUGAAGAGAGAACAUUUUAUCCCUUUUUCACUAGGUAAGAGGAUGUGUCCAGGUGAGCAGCUCGCUCGUAUGGAGCUCUUCCUCCUCUUCAUCUCUAUGAUGCAGCAUUUUACCUUCCUGCCACCUGAGGGACAAACACUGAGUCUGAAAAGAACAGUUGCCAUCGCGUCUGCUCCCGAACCUUUCCAGAUACGUGCUGUGCCUCGAUAGAGCGACAUCAAUCAGAUCAUCACAGCAAACUGCUGAAGCACAAAUAAGAUUAUUAACACAUAGUGUGUCAUUUGUUUUAAUAAUAUAAAGCAGUCACGUUAUGAAACUAUCUAUGAAAAUGAUAUUAGGUUUCAAAUCACACUAAGUAGUUAUCUGCAUUUCCUUGUUAAGGAUGCAAAUAUCAAUUAAAUGUGGAAGUGCAGCUCAAAGUAUGGAACAUACAUUUUUGAAAAUAAGUAGAAAGGAAAUGUACUAUUUAAAGUAAAUUUGUUGUAAUACAAAUUUUAGAAAA